CCACCAAAUUUGAUGAUAUGUCACUAGAAUAGACGCUUAGGUGCUUUCUUCUCUACUUGGACCGUCUGGUAGAGAAGAGAAGCGAGCAAAUUAAACAAAAAAGACUCAAUCUUUGAACUUAACUCUCAGUUUUGAGUUUUGGAUUCCUCUUUUUGAACUUGUUAGUAGCAGUGGUGGGGGGUGUUUGGGAAGAAGGAUUUUGACUUCUUUUUUUAAAAAAAAUAAAAAUUUCCCGGAUUUUCAUUUUCUCGGGAAAAUUAUUGAGAUGGUGAAAAUGAGGAGAAUGUCAGUUGAAUUGGGUCCUAUGGAGAUUGUUGGUCUAGUUGGGAAUUGGUGGGAUGAGAUUAAUGAUACUGCUGAAUGGCAAGAUGGGAUCUUUUAUGCUCUUUGCGCUGCUUAUGCACUUGUUUCUUCUAUUGCUCUGAUACAAUUAAUACGGAUUGAAUUGAGAGUGCCUGAGUAUGGUUGGACAACGCAGAAAGUUUUCCACUUGAUGAACUUUAUAGUUAAUGGAGUGCGUGCGAUUGUGUUUGGAUUCCACAAGCAAGUGUUUGUUUUGCAUCCCAAGGUGCUGACAUUGAUAUUACUGGAUCUCCCGGGACUCCUAUUCUUUUCUACAUAUACACUGCUUGUCUUAUUUUGGGCAGAGAUAUAUCACCAGCAGGCAAGAAGUUUGCCAACAGAUAAACUCAGAAUUGUUUACAUUUCAGUCAAUGCUGCAAUGUACUUCGUACAGGUCUGCAUCUGGAUAUACCUCUGGAUAGAUGACAACAGCAUUGUGGAAUUCAUUGGAAAGAUAUUUAUUGCAGGGGUGUCAAUUAUAGCUGCAUUAGGUUUCUUGUUGUAUGGAGGGAGAUUAUUUUUCAUGCUGAGACGCUUCCCUAUUGAGUCUAAAGGGAGAAGAAAGAAGCUCCAUGAGGUUGGAUCAGUUACAGCCAUAUGUUUCACGUGCUUCCUUAUAAGAUGUUUUGUGGUUCUACUUUCGGCUUUUGAUUCAGAUGCAUCACUUGAUGUUUUGGAUCAUCCAGUUUUGAACUUGAUCUAUUACAUGCUGGUUGAGAUUUUACCCUCAGCUCUGGUGCUCUACAUUCUGCGAAAGUUGCCUCCCAAGAGAAUAUCAGCACAAUACCACCCAAUUCGUUAGCCACAAUGAUCCUUUCUAGCAGUGUAUUCUCCUCCAAGAAAUGAUUUUGCAUGCUUCCGAAGUAGGUCAUAUUGGAGAUAGGGCAGGGCCAGAUAAAGAAAUCCAGAUUUUUCAUAUUCUAGUGUGGCUCAUGAUUGCGGCAAUUCUUUUUGCAUGUAUAUUACACAGCUGGUUGCAGCUUUCUGUAGGGAAGAUAUUUGAAUUGAUUUCUUCAUGUGUUAUGUAGCUUGAGGCAUUGGUUGUUUGACAAAUCAUCUGUAGCUUCUCUAAUCAAAAAAUUUGGAGCAAGCAAAAUUUUCUGUAAUUUGUGCUUAGUUGCCUUUCAGUUUGUUUUUAGGCCAACUUUAAUGUUAAUCGCCUGCUCAACAUAAUUGAAGUAAUAUAUAGAUAUUGUUACUAUUAUUAUUUUA